AUGAUGAACCUCCCCACGGUGCAGGCCCAUAUUCAUAAAAGACCACUGCUACUCUAUCUGGCCACCAACUCGUACGCCAUCAGUGCACUAAUCGCUCAGGAAGAUGGAGGUGGUAUCGAGCAGCCAAUAUACUACAUCAGCCGCGCCUUAAAAGAUGCGAAAACUCGUUACCCAAGGGCAGAGAGAGCAUGCCUAGCCAUUGUAUACGCUUCGCAGAGGUUGCGUCACUAUUUCUUGGCCUACGAAGUAUGGCUGAUGACUAAGUCCCAUGCCAUUAAAGCUCUGUUACAACAGCCGAUUCUCUCCGGCAGGAUAUCCCAGUGGUUGCUACAAUUAUCACAAUACGACUUGAGAAUGGGGACACCUAGGGCAGUGAAAAGUCAGGCUAUAGCAGAUUUAUUGGCGCAGUUUCCAGGAGAGGAAGAAUUCCCACUGGAUGAUGAAGUUCCAGGGCAAGUAGCUAUGGCAGAAGAAGUCAAGGAACAGUGGGUAAUGAAAUUCGAUGGGUCUUCUACUACUCAUUCCGGAGGGGUAGGAGUAGUUCUGUAUCAUGAAGAAGACAAGGCAAUGGCGCUGUCAUUUAAGUUGGAAUUCCCCUGUUCAAACAACAUGGUGGAAUAUGAGGCCUAUCUAACUGGGCUUGCCACGGCACUCGAAAUGGGAGUCAAACAUUUGAAAGUACUGGGAGAUUCGAACUUGGUCGUCUGCCAGGCCAAAGGAAGUUUUUCCUUAAAGAAGCCCAGCCUAGCCCCGUACAGAGCGAUGGCCCAGAGAAUGGAAGAAAAAUUCUUAACCUUUGAGAUAGAACAUGCUCCGAGAAACGAAAAUCAGUUUGCAGAUGCGUUAGCUGCACUGGGUUCGCAAAUAAUCUUCAAAGGGAAUAGCACUAAUAUAGAAGUCAGCAAGAGGGAAGAAUCCAUCAUUGAGGUGUUGAAGGAAAAGUUCCGGGAGGAACAGGGCGAAGGGGAUUGGCGAAUCCCCAUAAGGGAAACCUUGGUAAAGGGAGACGAUGCAGCAGAAUUGAAGAUAUUAAAAGACUAUGCCUUAGUAAAAGAAGAGUUGUACCGUAGGAUACCAGGUGGGGUCUUAUCCAGAUGCGUGGGCCAGGAGGAAGCUCAGAGAAAAUUGAAAGAAAUACACGACAAGACUUGCGGGUCUUGCAGGGAAGUCAGUCUUUACCGCAGACUCCAGAGGGCAAGCUUUUAUUGGCCAAGCGUGGGUAAAGACGCAGAUCAAGUCCAAACCCAGUGUGGGACCUGCCAGCUUGCGGCAGACAAGGAGGAGAGUUACGCUGUGUUCAUCAGCGAGGAUUGGAGAAGCCCUUUCAUGCAGUACCUAACAGAAGGCGUCCUGCCACAAAGGCACAGUGAAAGGUACAAGCUUAAGAGGUUGGCAACACGUUACUUCUUGCAUAACACGGUCCUUUCAAAAAAGGAUAUGAUGGAGACCCUUUGA